AUGUCUGGGCCAACCCCCCGUUCGAUGCUCAACGUCCAAAGUCCCGAUUCCGAUGUCUCGCCAAAGACUCCGAUACAAACCUCUGACCAAACAAAGACGGACUACUUCUCCAUUGAGUCUUCGUCGCAGGCGCAGUCGCAAAAGAAAGACGAGGAAACCAAGGCCAACGAUGCAGAGCCAUUGAGCCGUGCGACCACACUUUCGAGCUUCGCAAGCCCUUCCCCCCUCGAAAGCGCAACAGGAAGCUUCUCUGCCGAGUCGUCACGGACCGAAUCGUAUGGAGGAAGGCCGAGAGGAUCAUCAAUAGCGUCGCUGAGCUUUGCGCCAUUGCGGAACCCGUCGCUGCCGCAGGGCAACCAGAAGAAGACGAACAAGGAGCGUAUCAGGGCCUCAUCGCCUCCACCUGAGAGGCCGGAAGCCUCGGAUCAAGAGUUCAAUACGACGGCCACCUUCUCCGCAGCCAUGCCGCAGUUCCGGUCGCUUCGCUCGCCCGUGGAUGAGCGAUUCGUCGGCCGCAGCCGUCUUGGCUCCACUCCGUUUCUCAGCUUCCGUUCCAGAUACUCCCUGCGCCUAGGAUGCAUGGGCAUAGCCGUCGCUACUGAGGAAGCCUCCUCCGGGCGCCGACUCCGGCGUCAGGAUCGGGAUGGCGGGGUCGGACCAGUCGGCCAGCGGCGGCCUCGUACCUGUUAUGGCACCCCAUAUUUUCCAGUUUCCGAGCAUCCCCUGAGCAUUUCAACCUUGAAGUCAGACGAACUUUUCAAGCGUCCCGCGGCAACUCCAGCAAACGCUUAUGUUUUUUACUCUGAGUCCAUGUCGCGUUGCGGUCCAUAUCUUGCCUCACUCAUCGGGCUGCAAUAUGCCAUCAGGAGGAUCACACGACACCUCAUUGAAAGCGACCUUGCCGGUUCUGGAUGA